UAUUUUAAAACUCAAUCUCAAAAAAUGGAAGUAAAAAAUACAAAAAACACUCACAGUAAGGUGAAAAUAUAUGUCAAAUGAAAAUAGAUAAAGAAUUUAGUUCAUUCAAUAAAAACGUUUUGCCAACGACAGCCUUUAUAUUAUAUACAUCUACAUGAUAUUUUUACAAUACACAAAGUCAGCUUUUGGUUGUUAUUCUAAUCAAAACAGGUCGAAACAAGUUUUGCACGACAUGAUAUGAUCCUCUCUUUUGCCAUUAGCUAGCUAGCUACGUUGUUGUGGCAGAAUAAAAGUAUGAAACCACGAACAUUUGUAUAGCAGAAACUAUAUAGAUUAUGUUAUAAAGAACAAACAGAAUGUUGUGUUGUUAUUCUUUGCUGAAACAAAACUUGAUGAUGUUCCAAACUUUUUGUGCGCUGCUUCAUUUCAUUACCUUUCUUCAUAUGGCUUCUUUGGUACGUGGAUGUCCUUCUAUUUGUGUUUGUCAAGAUGAUAAUGUGGAUUGUUCUGGCAAAAACUUGCAAGAACUUCCUUCAUACUUACCAAAGCAAACAAAACAUCUUGACCUAAGUUUGAAUUCAUUUGUUGAAGUUCCUGAUGUUUCGCGGUUGCAGCACCUUAGAGUUCUUACACUGGCAAGAAAUUAUAUUCGAAAGAUAAACCUUACAAGGAUGUCAAACACAGGUUUACUAAAAGUGCUAGACCUCAGCUACAAUGAUAUAACAGACAUAUCUUUAUUUUCUCUACCCUUCCCGCAGCUUGAAAAACUCUCGUUACAACACAACAAUAUUAAAAACCUCGACAUUGUCCGGAAUAGUACGAUGCCUAAAUUAAAAAUUUUACAAGCUGGAUACAAUAGCAUUGAACAAUUGGUGUCUCCUUUAGAUAUGAAUUGGGACCUAACUGCUUUUCCAUCCCUUCAAAUCCUUGAGUUAAAUAAUAACAAGAUAUCAGCCAUCAGCAUGUUUUUGACCCGAUUUAAGUUUUUGAAAAAGCUGGUGUUAUCUCACAACAGACUAAUGUCGUUAGAUAGUUCUUCAUUUCUCCGAAACAGUGAUCUUGAAGAAUUAUAUCUUGAUCACAAUCAAUUGUCAAGUGUUACGAAUCUCUGGUUUACCUUCAAAUGGAAGCUCAGAACAUUGGAUCUAAGUCAUAACCUUGUUCACCAAUUCGACCAGCAAGCAUUCGAUAGUGCUCGAAAUGUUAAGUAUAUCGACUUAUCUAAUAACAACUUGCAAUCUUUGGACACUGGCAUGUUUUAUCAGCUACAAAAUCUCUCUUACUUAAACCUUCACAACAAUAGUAUAGAUUACGUAUCAGAAAAUGCUUUCUUUGGCUUGCACAUGUUGGUGUACUUAAAUCUAAGUAACAACAGGAUUUCCAUUGGUAACAAAGAAUUCGAUACUGCCUUCACACCACUGCACAUGCUCAAGAUACUUGAUUUAAAUUCCAACAAAAUAUUACUUAUACCUGCUGAUGCAUUUCUUGGUUUAUCAUCUCUUCAAACAUUAUACAUUAAGUUUAACAAAGUAAAGAUCAUCGAGAAGAAAGCGUUCAUUUAUUUAAAGAACAUCACCGCUUUAUACUUGAAUACGAACGAUCUAUUGUGUGAUUGUUCAGUCGGUUGGCUGAGAAAUUGGAUUAAGAAGAUGUCGUUGCAAAAUACAAUCACAGGCAUAUGCUCUUCUCCGCGUUGGCUCGAAAACAAAAAUUUUAUGAAUGUGUUGGAUACAGAGUUAGUGUGUGGUGAAGGAUCGAUGAUGUAUACACACCGACCAAAAGUUGUCGCUCACCCGAGAAGCAAGUACGCCUUUUUCCGUGGAAAUACCACACUUCGAUGCGUGGCCACUUCUUCUACAAAUUCUCCGUUAAUUAUUCAAUGGUACAGAUCCUCUACAUCGGUUGAUCAUGUUAAAUCGGAAAUGUCUGAUCAAAUACAAGUUGGUGUCUAUGGUUAUAAACGUAUGGCAAAACUCACCUUGAAGGGUCUUAGUUUUGAUGAUGGCGGAGAAUAUUGGUGUCACGUGUUUAACGUAUACGGUAGUGAUUGGUCGGCUAAAGCAAAUUUAAGUAUAGCUGUGGCCCCAUCAUUAUCGCCAGCUAUUAGUAGAGACUUGAUCGCACGAAGUGACGAAGACGUUUUCAUACCUUGUUCCGCGGAGGGAAUCCCCACACCCAACAUUCAAUUUACCAAGGAGAACACUCCUCUACCUUUUCACGCUGUGGUGGAGAAACGGAUUGUUUACAUUGACCAUCAUUUUGUCAUCAAAAAGCUCAAGAUUGAAGACAGCGGGAUGUAUUCGUGCACGGCCAAAAGUCCCGUAGGCGUUGCUAAUGCUACCGUACGUUUAACCGUCAUAGAAGAGCCAAAAUUUAUAAGACCAAUGAAAGAUAAAGCCGUUGUGGCUGGUUCAACUGCUGUCGUUGACUGCAUUGUCAGCGGUAACCCCAGGCCAAAAAUCACGUGGUACAAGGAUGGCACAUUGUUGAAGUCCACCAGAAGAGUUAAACUGUCUAGUCAACUUUUAGUUGUACCAUAUUUUCAAUAUUCUGAUGAAGGCAUAUAUGAAUGCAGAGCCUCAAACAGAUUAGGUACUGUUCGUCAGAAGGCCCGUUUAUCGAUUGGUACAGACGCUGGUUAUUCGUCGUCUAAAUUGCCGUCCGAUAUUUUUAUUGUCGUCAUUGUAGUUACAGUGGUCGCCGUUAUUGCGUUGACGUCGCUCGUUUGGUUGGCUCUUAUCUGUUACUGUCGGAAAAAACGUCGCGAAAAUAUCCCCUCUAGUAAGCAAGUAAGCAAGCAUACGAAAGACUCGUUGUCACAGUUACCGAAAGAGUAUAUUUUACGUUGUAAUGGUCGAUUGGUAUCAGCUCAAACGAAAGAUGAUAUACAUGCAAUAGAUGCUACUUCGGAGAGUUUAUUACUUGAGACUAGGACUUAUUUACGGCAACAACAGGGUUAUUUAGAAGACGGCGACAAACGGCAAAAUGACGACGACGAAGACGAUAGUGGUGUUGCACUCGUGUUCCCAACGUUCGAACGAAAUCGUGAAAGCACAGGAAGUAGAGGCCUUAAAAAUUAUGAAAACUUUGCAAUGAAAACGUCAAAACUACAGCCGACAACUGCCUAUGUAUUACAUCCUAAUCAACUAGGUAGUAGCAACAAUUCAGCGUCAGAGGUUAACAAACAUAAGCGGUUUAGAGGAAAGCUAAAAGGUGUGGAUACCUCACGAUUAAUAUCGAUAAAACCCUUUCCACGCUUCCCUCCUGCUAUGCACGAGGAUAACUUUCGUGCUUAUAUUACGUCAUCGAGUGGUAUUGAAUCUGGAGAGAGCAGCUCCUCAUUGGAUACUACUUCGUUAACGAAUAAUUUGACUCUAUGAACUGCACGGGUUUCUGUUGGUACCAACCCAUCUAAUAGAUGCACAUGUUAUUUAGUUUAAACAAAGACUUUUGCCCGUAGUUUUGAUGAGCAGAAGCUCUUAAAAAAUAUCUUUUUAAUCGGCGGCUAUUUUCAAUAAAGAGAAAAUGAAGUUGUUUUACAAUGCCUUAGCCUGCUUUCUGAAGCUUCAUGGGCUUCUCGUGCGUCGCCUUGUAAAAUCGUUUUUGGGGUAGGAAAUUUUAAAAAUAUGCAAAACAUCUUGUUGUUUAUAUGUUCUAUAACUUAAUUUAUAUUCUUCCAAAGUAUUUAUGUGUAAUCAUUUUUAUAUGUUUGACCACGGUUAAGUCUGAAACAUUGCAGUUAAUUUAAUCUACUGAUUGUCGGUUCUUUCAACCAGCUAAAUGAAGUCUGAGGACUAAGUAUCCAAUCCAUUGGAGUGUAUAGCAGGACACGUGACCUUCCCGUCAACGAUGACUGGCUUAAUUUUAUAUAUAUAAUAUAUUUAUAUUAAAAUCUAAAUAAAUUGUAAAUAGCCCAACCGAGUCGUUAUGAGCGGUUCGUACUAACACGUUGUAUAUAUUACUUUAUGUGUAUACGAUAGAAAAUACGUGUUCUAAAUGUUUUCA